AUGUCUCGCACCGCGACCCCGCCACCAACCCACUUCCCUCACAAGAUCGCGUCACCGUCUGCACGCCAUGCUAGCAAGGGAGGCAGCUCCGCGCUCCCUGCGGGGUAUAGCUUCCCGAGCCGGAUCAAGAAGGCCAGGGACAAGUCGUCCCCACUCAAGGCGUCCGCUGUUGCGCCCAUGUCUGCGUCGGACGUUCUGGGCAUCGACACGCCCAAGGCCAGCCCCGAUCCGAUGUCACGGGCGUUGUCGGCGUCGAUAGUGGACGACGAUACUUCGUCUAUCGCCACAUCGACGCCUUCGCUUGCCACGGACCGCUCAGUAGACUCUUUUGGGACAACUCUCGCCACCCCCGAGUCGACCCCAUCUUUGUCCGGUGACGCUGGCAACGUCAACGUUGCGAUGCCGCAGCCAGCCGCUUCACCGCGAUUAUGGGUGUCGGGCCUCAGCAAGGGUGUGGCGCGCGCCGCCAAUGGCAUUAUGUCCACUUGGUCCCGCCGUCGCGAAGGAGAGUCGCCUCGGCUGACGGCGUCACCAGCGAUGGUCCCGUCUUCCGCAAUCGCACCCCUGCACCCUUCGUCGAUUACGUCGACCUCCCCGUACAUCGCCCCGUCGCCUCACAGUCCCGCCUAUGUCGCUCCGUCACCGGCCAUGUCGCCACAUACGCCCAUGUCGCCCACGGCUUACGUGCUGACGCCGGCGCCAGAGGUGGCCGAGAUGCUCGAUCCUCAGCCGCUCCCUCCCCAUGCCCUUCCCCCUGCCAUUGCGCACCCGCACAACAUGCCACCGGCGCUCACGGCCGAGUCUCCAAACAUAGACAACCCUGCAGAGGCACUUCGUCGCUACGAGUGGGCUGAGGAGCAGCGCAAACAGGUCACUGAGUUUGCCCGUCUGUGUUCGCAAUGGCCACAGAGCAGCUAUAACCUUGCCAAGUGGGGACCUAAUGGUUGCCCACAUGUUCAAUACAUUCCGCAGUCUUGGGCCAACCCGCGUCACGUCGUACGCACUAUGCAGCGGCAAGCCGAGCUUGAGCGCGUCAUGUGCACCGAGGAUACGACAUUCUACACCGCGGCUCCCCGAUCGACCCGCAGCUCGUCUACGGACGAGGACCCAGAACCCAGCCUCUACUCGUUCGUGUCUUCACAUUCGUCGGUGGCCACCACCGUCUCGCGUGGGUCCGAUAAGGAGGGCCGGGAAGAACGGCUCUGUGCGGCCGUCUGGGCGGCAACGGCCACUAGCAUGGUCAGCAAACCGUUGUCGACUGAGGAAGCCUUCAGAGCUACCGAACAGAAGACUGCUGCUGAACUUCAUGCUGCCAUGUCGUCGCCUAUGGUCGAUGCCUGGAGAGGCGAGGAGUCGAUUGUCUCGGUGUCGUCUGCGGUGUCGGUUGCGUCGGUCGUGUCGGAAGAGAGCAAGACGACGUCGGCGUGGGCUUCCCUGGCCUGCUCGACAAAGUCUCUCAGUGAGCUAGACCGCAUGGCGGACCUGGCGACGACCGAUGAGAUGGAUGUAGACGAGCCCGAGGUCCUGGCCUCUAUUCCCCAUGUUGGUGGUUCGCAUCCCUCGCCGCCUCGCUCGCCAAGCAUGCGGCCGUCGUCGUGCCCCGCCAAACGGCCAUUGACCAUGAUCGCGGACGACGAGGACAAGCGGCGUCGGGUCGACGACAUGGUUGUUGAUGACUCUACCCCAGUCUUCUCUGAGGAGCCAGCAGCGCUUCCUCCAUACAUGUCGGCGUCUGUGCCCAACCUCCGCAUGGUCUCGGCUACCAGUAGUGGUCAUGUGAUCAAGACUUCUGAGACGCAUCCCAUCAUCAUCUCGCCCUUCAUCCCCACCGAGAUUCUGUCGGUGCUUGGCAAGUACCUCGUCACGAUCCCGACUGAGGCUACGAAACCACUCCUUCUCAACUCGGACGUUGAUGUUCCUUCGCUUCUGCUGUCGUGCGCUCCACCUAACCAGUGCGCGAGCGAGGCUGGCCUUGUUGGCACCACCAUGUUCAGCAGUGGCCAGAAGACCUUGAUCAGGAACCUCUACCGGCCGUCGAACGGUACGCGCCAACCUACCCGCCUCGGUAAUCUGCUUCUUAGCUCGUGCCCCGGCAAGCGGCUGCGCAUGGACGGCCCUGUCAAGGGCCGUGGACCCGUGUGCCGCGAUCUGCGUGCUGACAUGCGCCGCAUCAAGGGAGAGGGUGUCGGUGCCAUUGUUUGCUGCCUCGACGAUGAGGAGCUCGCGCUCCUCGGUGUCCCCUGGGACUACUAUCGCGAGGUUGCGUCUGACAUUGGCCUCGACAUCAUCCGCCUGCCGAUGCCUGAUGGUUUCACUCCCGUCUCGCUUCAGCUCUUUGAUGCGCAAGUGUCUCUCAUCACUCAGAGGUAUACCCUCCAGGGUAUCAACGUCCUUGUUCAUUGCCGCGGCGGUAUUGGUCGUGCAGGCCUCACUGCUUGCGCGUGGGCGAUCAAGAUGGGUUUUGUCCAGCCUCAUCCGUCGCUGGUCAACACUGUUAGCAAGGCAUCUGAGUCCAGCUCCUCGUCGUCUUCUAAGAAGAAGUCAAAGUCACGCUCCACGCCAGUGGUGCCGGCCAACGAGGACGAGCGGCAGAUUGUCAUGUCGGUUGUCGAGCGCGUCAUUGCCAUGAUCCGUUCAAGACGCGGUCUCAAGGCGAUUGAGAGCAUGGAACAGGUCCAGUUCCUUUCGACCUACGUCACCUGGCUCCGCGAGUGCACCUCGUAG